CACAGAGAGCGAGAACACACCUUGCAGCAGAGCAGCACAGCAGGGAAUCAGUGAAUGGAGAAAUAACUUCUGCAUGGUGUUUAAUAUGACAGCACGCGCGGGAUAUGGGAGGUAGUGUGUGUGUGGUGUCGAAGGUGACAUUCCCAUGGCCAGAACCAGCGCGGACGGACUGCUCCGUCCGAGCAACAGCAAACUGGACUCUUUCCUCAAGAGGAACACCAGUCGGGAUGUGUACGAGCGGAUCCGGGUCUACGAGCCGUGUGUGGUGGUCUCGGGGUCGGUGAAGAAGGUUUUCAUGCAUGUGAUCCUGAGCGAUGAGCGCGUGUAUCUGAGCGAGUAUCACCCGCGCGCGCUGCGUGAGGCGCUCAGCUUCAGACACAUCAAGAGCAUCGAGCUGAUCAAUGAUUUGCCUGAUUUCCUAAGCGGACAGGAUCGUGAACGCUCACAGCACAUCCGUGUUGUCCAUACCACAAAGAAUCCUGGGAAAAAGAGCUCAAGACCCAAAGGAUCCGGUCAGAAUAAGCCAUCAUUUCCAGUGCAAGGACGCAACUCAAGUGCCCGUCAUUCACUGGAGGGCAUGAGUCCUGUUCUCCUGUCGUCUGAGUCCUCGAGCUGGAGAAUCUCUCCCACAUCAAUGAGUGAAGGUGGUCAGGAGGAAGAAGAAGGCAGCGUCAUUCCGAAGAGACGUUCAGCUUCCUGUCCGCACACGGAUGUUUUGGCUCUGUCUGUGUUUGAUAGCUCUCCCGCUCACUCCUCCAGCUCCAGUGACCAGCGAGAGAGUCCCAGCGCUUCAGUCUCGACAGGACUGAUGAGGAGAACAACUACAGAGGAGCAGGAGGAGGAGGAAGAGUUACACCUUUAUGCGGUAUCUCCAUCAUCCCGAAUAUACCUUCACCUGCAGAGCUCCUGGAGCAGCUACAUCAUACGAUCAACUUUGAUGCUGGACCCAGUGUACAGGAAGAGAUGUGGCAUGUCCUCUUCUCCUCAAAAACAGAAAUCUCACAGAAUCAGCUGGGAACGGACGUGUCACUUGUUCAGUCAGUUGAGCGGAGAGCUGCUGCAGGAGGAUGUGGGCCUGGAGAGUCUGUAUUUACUCCUGCAGGAGCUGCACACAGCCACCAACCGCAACCCCACCAUCAAAAAACUCUUCUGGAGGUCACCGGACCUCUAUCCUUUCCUGGUGAAAACGCUGGCUGAAAGCUCUCAGAGCGGCCAGGAAGGAGUUCAUGCAUCCGACAGACUUCUGCUGUGCACUUUGGUGGUUCAGAUAUUAAGCCUGAUGUUCAGGGAAACAGAGAUCGAAGCGACGAGGCUCAGCAUGCUGACGGCCAAACAGGGAGCUCUUACGGAGAACAUGCUGCUCGCUUUAGUGCGUGAUCCAGAUCUCCAGCUGCCAGACUCUACUAAUGGCUCCAAAUCUUCAGUUCAUAAGCUGCAGCAUCUGCAGGCAGACUAUUUGGAUGCGGCUUCUGCGCUUCUGUUUGAGGUGGUUGUGUUCUGUCAGGAGGCUAGUCGCACACCUGCUCUGGGACAUUUCCUUACCAUCAGCUGGGUGUUUCGCUUGCUUAAACCACAUCCAUUCUUACUCCCGUUCGUGGGCUAUCAGGCCCAGCAGGUGGUUCUGCUUCUCUCAAGUGCUCAGGAUCCGCUCGGCCCGUCUCAGGCGGUUCUCCUGUACCAGCGCUGCCGGGUUUUGUUAGCCUGUCUGCAGCACAGCACCUGUUUGAGCAAAUACAUCAGGACGGGAUUCAAGGAGGAGUUCAGGUACUAUGUGAAGACGUCAGGGCUGGAGGACAAACUUCCCAAACACUACCCCAUCAGUCAGCCUGCCCAGCAACUCCUUUCCCAGCUCCUCAGUCUGGUUCUCCUGAAACCUUGAGCUCGGCCUCUUUUUCUUUCUGUUCCUCUGGCACUGAAUUUCUUAUUUCUGCAGACAGACGUGGGAAUAUGCCUUUGAAUGAAUAUGCUGCACUUUUAAGAUUGAAUUCAAGUCUUGUGUCGUGUCUUACUGUGUGUUGAACAGAGACUGCGGGAUUUUACUCUGUUUAGCAUUUCGCCUUUGUCUACACUCAGGAUUAUUAUGACUGUGAUAUGUGUUACAUAUCUAACAUCACAGACUGAACUAUUUAUUACAUAUGAAUAUACAUUAAAUUGACGGAUAUCAAAUUGCACUUUUUAGUUAACAGAUUCAGGUUUGGCAGGUCACUUUUAUAUGAGACUGAUCACAGUAUUAUUAUAUGAAUAUCUUCUUCAUAUUUAUUACAUUCACUGUAAUUUAAGCCACUGGUACAGAUGCACUUGUUUAUUUCGUUGGUGGGUUUUUGUUUGGAUGCACUUUUUUCUCUAUAAGACUGUACUGAUUUUCAGGAACUCUAUGUACCUCAAGGCCUCAAAUUAAAAAUAACCAAAUAUUUCAAAUAAA